AAUUCUUCCCCCUCUUUCCUAAUAUCUAGAUAUCGUGAAUAUGGAUUUGAAAUGCAUAUUCAGCCUAGCAAUCCUUGUUUCCCAGAUAUCGCUUUCGUCGACGCAAAAUGUGAACGUUGUGAUUCAAGGAGCAACAUCAACUGGUGAAACAGAUGAUAACUUUGUAUGCGCUACAUUGGAUUGGUGGGCUACUGAAAAAUGCAACUACAAUCAAUGUCCUUGGGGAAAGGCUGGACUAUUAAAUUUGGAUUUGAAAAAGAAGGGUCUGAUAAAUGCAAUAAAAGCAUUCAAUCCUUUAAGAAUCAAAGUUGGUGGGUCGUUGCAAGAUCAAGUGGUGUACGGGGUAGGAGGAGUUAAGAAUUGCCCCAAUUUCAUGAAAAAUGAAGAUAGUUUAUUCGGAUUCUCUCAGGGCUGCCUUCCCGUGGAAAGAUGGGACGAACUCAAUAAAAUUUUCAAUCAAACUGGGUUGAGUAAAGGUUACGUUUGGGUUGAAUGCUCUUCUCGGAAGAAAUCGGUCACAAAUCGAAAAGGGUCUUUGGGUGGCUACUGGAAAUCGCAAAAUGCAAGGGAUUUCAUGAAGUAUACUAUUUCAAGGGAUACAAAGUUGAUUCUUAUGAAUUUG